AAGCUGCCGCCUUGAUUAAUUUGUUUAGGCUGUGCAUUUGUUCUUCUCUCCCCUGCCCUUUUAUUAAGUGAGUGCUUUCUCGUUAAAAUGGGUUUUUCACCUUAAUGUUCAAAUGACUGAGUAUUCUGGCAUGAUUGGGUCGUCUGAAAAAUACACUUUAUGCGAUAAGGCUUAGUGUAACAACUAGUUUUUUAUAAAAAUGUAUAAAAUAUAUGGAUAACAUCCUCAGUAGUUUACUUAGGUGAAAACAUUAUAGCACUUUGAUUAGUCAGCAAAAUGCACGCUAUGUUAUAGUGGUCCCGAUAAAUGAAGGCAGCUUAACUUCCCCUGCAGUUGGUCUGAAGGUUUAAUUACGUCAUUCUCGGUGGAGACAAAGCCGCCUGCCUCCAUCCAGAAGCGGAGUCGGCUCAGACCCCGGACAGCGCUCCGUUUUCCGUGUGGAUGUUAAAGGCUAGAGGAGGAAAACAUCCGAAAAUAACAGUCCGGGAGACAAACUGGAUAUAAAAUAUGUGUUUAAACUCUGCCAUGUUCUGCGAUUUACCAGCUAUGUUCAGUUUUGGACUAGUGGGCUCGUUAACUUUGCUUCGGUGGUUUGUUAGUUUGCCACAGACAGGAGUUUAUUAAUAAUAACAUGGAUGACUGCGAAUUGGACCGUACUCGAGGGUAACAGCUGUCUGAUAGAAUAAGUCGUCUGAGAGAUCAGAUUAGCUAUGGACCCCAUGCCGGAGUAUUCCCAUUUCCUGGGAAGGAUCCUGGAGGAGCUGGAUGCUAAGCACAAUGCCAUGUCCUACCAGGACCUCUGCAAGUCGCUUUGUGCCAGGUUCGACCUGGUCCACCUAGUGAAGCUGCGGAGUCUCCUCUUUUACACUGCCUGCAUGGACCCCUGCUUUCCUGCCACCUUGUUCCGGGACAAGAUGCGGAACACCUCCGAAGACCAGCAGUCCAGGAAGCUGAUGGCGGCAGCGGACAUCGUCACCAUGUUCAACUUGAUCCAGAUGAACAGUGGUACUGCAAAAGACAGACUGCCCAUAGCCCAACGGCCCAAGUUUCAAAAGAACCAGUCGUUUGAGUCAUGUCGGUCAGAUUCUGACAUGUACAAGCAGUCUGACUAUAGCAGGGCCUAUGACGUGUCAUACAAGCCGACUUCGCGGGUUUCGCCGUGUUCGAAAUCGGAUUUUGGUGAGUGCCAGCCGUUCGUGCCGUCCUCCAACCCUGGCCGUCUCCUGGGGGUCAGCAGGGAUUUUAAAUGCAGAGCAGCCUCACUGGAGAAGCUUCAGCAUCUCCCACAGUACCCACACAGCAGCUCGCCGUCCUGCGAUAUGCAGAGCACCUACUUUCCGAUGGAGAUAGACAGCGAAUCCACCACCGAUCAGGAGUCUUUGCAGCUAAAGCCCGGCUUAAAAAACAGGUUUCCCUCGACAGCCGGACCGUUCUCUGUGCACUCCUGUGUGGAGAAGAGAAAUAUUUUUAAGGAGGACUUCCACAAUUUUGUGGCCUUCUCUCCCCAUGUGAUCACCGUGGAAUCCAAGUCCAGAGAUGACUUGAGUGGGAUGUUCCAGCGUAAGGACUCUCAGAAACAUGCCUUCUUCAACCACAGCUUUGAGCUGCCUUAUAGUAACCCUUAUUUUGAUUCAGUAAGUCCCCCUUUCCAAGAAAAAAAACGGUCGAAGCACGAAAGUCUAGAUGACCUGCAGGCUUCCACCUAUUUUGGGCCAACGACCAUCACAGAGACUGUAAGCAGCAGGAGGACAUUGGGGAGACACAGCAGGCCAUCCCCCUGGCCUGUGAAGAGUCUGAGCCUGAAUACGGAUGAGGGACCAGAUUUUGAAGACACUUUUCUAAAUUCCAAGCGGUCUAAAGAAUGCCAUCUCCAUGACAUGGGCAGUGUGGAGAGUGAGCAGAACUACCAAGAGGUCAAAGAGGAUUUGGAAGGUUCCCCAUCAGGAUAUAGUGUUAAGUCUAAUGAAUUGAAGUCACAGGACAUGGGACCUGUGGAUAAUGGAAUGAUUGUAGAUCACAGAGAAGGUGUGAAGAGAUUUAAAGACAAAAGCAUCAACUGUCCCUCCAUCCAGGUAGGUGGCAUAGACAUUCCCCUGAGUGUGAGCACACAGACUGAUCAGUCUGAACAGAGGAAGGUUAAAGACCUCCCUGCUUUCAGCAAAUAUGGGGAAAGACAUUCAUAUAAGCUCUCUGAAGAGGACUCUGAGAUAGUCAGUGAUGACAUCAGUGACAUCUUCCGCUUUCUGGAUGACAUGAGCAUGUCUGACUCUCUGGGAAUCCUUCAGGCAUCGCGGUACAAUAGCAUCGGAUCCCUCACACGUGCCCCGAAGUCAGAUGAAGACAGUUCUCCAGAGACUAAUGCUGCAAAGCUCAGUAAAGCAGGUCUCAAACUUGACCGUCUCUUCCAGUCACUGGAGAACACAGACGGAGAGUUGAAGGCCAGCGUCUGUAAGCUGGUGCUCCGGAUCGGAGAGAUUGAGAAGAAGCUGGAGUCCCUGUCCGGGGUACGUGGGGAGAUCUCUCAGGUUCUAUCCAAACUGAACAAGCUGGAUGAAAAGAUACAGGAGCCAGAGGUCGGUGCCAGGCCAAGUGAGUCAAACACAGCCAAUGAGACUCACCCAGAGAGCAGCUCUUCUCCUGGCAUUCCUCGGUGCCAGCCCCCUGGAAACACCAGUGGAAUUGGUGGUCCAGAUUGGUGCUGCUCGGACGCCAGUGCUAGCAAUACUGACAGUCUGCGAGUCAAAGCCCUAAAAAAGACUGUUUGCACCAGGAGGUCAUCGAGAUCCUUGGCUGAAGAAAAUGGAGUCACCGAGACGAAGAUCUGUAGCAUGUCCAACUCCCCUAGGAAUUGGCGGUCCUCUUGUGCCAGUCACGUUGGAGAAGAUGGAAAGGAGAAGGAUCGUGGUAGCAAGGACCGCCACCGGAAAUCCAAAGAGGCGGAGCGGCAGUGCGAAGCCCACCGGCCGUCCAAGCAGGUGAAGGAGCCAUACCUGGUGGAGCAGGUGUUCACUCCUCACCGCUUCCCGCCAGCGGCCAAGUUUCCCAUGAGGAGCAGCCCCGUUUAUGCGGGCAUGCGGCUAGUCGACCGGCCCGAGAGCAAGAGGACGCAGCCGCCUUCCUGGCCGCUGGAGGAGUUCAAGCAGAGCUCUGUGGAAAAGGCCAAGCUCAGCACGUUGGAACUGCAGGCAAGUGCGGCCCGGACCCCAUCCUCCAUCUGCCCCGGCUGCCGGUCGAUCACGACAGUCUGCUGGGACACAGGAGUCCUUGAAUCCCAACCACCUGGAGUACUGGAUGGAGGACAUUUACUCACCGGGCUACGAUUCGCUGCUGAAGCGCAAGGAGGCAGAGUUCCGGAGAGCCAAGGCCUGCAAGAUAGGCGUGCUGAUUGCAGCGGCCGCCUGCACUGUGAUCCUGGUCAUCGUGGUGCCCAUGUGCACCAUGAAGUCAUGAGUUGUUCCAAGAGCCAGCCAGCCACCCCCCCCAUGUGUAAUCCCUCAUCAUUCGCUGGCAAUGCCCAGAGUAAUGUGCAUGUGUACUCAUUGUGAGGCUAGGAAGGAGUGUAAUUUAUCAAUGUGUUUAUUUGUACUGAUGCUCAGGAGCUUCCAAGGUGUUCGAUAGCUGUACUGUUACCGCAUUCCACGGCUCCUCAGAGGAUACAGCACAAAUUGUCAUUCUGCUAAGGAUUGUUGGGGUGUAUCGUAUUGUGUGAAAACUGUGCAAGGUUUGUUUUCUAAGCAUUCUGUGAUCUUUUUGAGAUACUCCACUGAUCAUUUGUACUUAUGUAUUUUAUUGAGAACCUUUUUUAACGGACUGAAGGAACGCGAGCAGGCGUGAUUCGGCUUUCGCUUUUCUGUUGGGCUUGUCAUGACGUCUUGAUUAGGCUUGUGGUCUGUGUUUUCCUAAUAGGCAUGGCUAAGGUCAUGGCAAACAGCACAAAGGCUAAAAUCACAUAGACGCCCUCACAGGCCUUGGCAAUAGUGAAUGUAUGUAGUGUAGGAGCACUGUUCGGUGGCCAGUGGGUGACAGUGAGCUCCGCUCUGCUCCUUAUUUUAGCUUCCUUGAAAAUCCCCAACUGGUACAGGUUCAUUACUCAGCCACAUCGCAUACUCUACGAUAACAACACAAAAAGCACACCAUACGUCCUUCUCAUCGGGCAACGCUCUGACCAGAAUGUCUGUGAGCUGAGGCAGAGCGCCCCCUAUUGGAUGAGGCUGGAGGCCACACUGGGCAAGCCGGACACAUGGCUCCCUUAUCCAUGCGAUCUCUGCCAUUAGCUGGUGCGGCUCACAGCAGAGUGAAUGCAGGUUUGCUUCGGCUGGCCUUAUUGAGCGCUCGACCCCUGUCGGGUUAAGGGUAGCUCCAGCCAACCACAACGCGACGUGUCUCCACUGGCUCAGGAGUGCCUGCCCACGGGCCGCCGGAUCUGUCCCAGACACACCGAUGCUCAUUUGCUGAGCCAAUAUGGCUGACCAUGGACGCCGGUGUUUUUUCAUAGCGAUUCUCCAGCUGACUGACAGGAAAUGGGCGGCUUAACACCAAUCAGAGUAAAAACACAGGAACCAAAUGGGUGGAAGAGGAUUUAGCAUGUCAAUCUGUCAAUAGAAACACAAACAAUGUACAGACUACGAAUCUGAGUCUAUGUCACACAUUGAAAGGUAUAACUCAACCCAGUGCCCUUACUAUGAUGAUUAAUAUACAAUAAUUAUAUGUGCGUUAAAUAUCUUAGGUGACAUGCAGUUUGAAGAUGCGAAUCGUCAGCCUUUGGUGGACGCUUUGAGGGUUCGCUUGAAGUGAUAGUAGGAGAACCUUUAAAGUUGUACUCCAAAAAUUUGCAGGGACCUGACGGCUCCAGCACCUUUGCCACCAGUAUGGGUCCUGGAGCUGUGACUUAACGUAGCAUUCUCAGCUUGUUACCUAAACUGCUGUAAGUGGAACAGUACAAUAAAAGUUCUGACUGUUGUUGCUGAGCGCGUUCUCUGCUACCUGGCCUCACAAACCUGCCAGCGCUCAGUUCUUCCUGAUGAGUGGCACUUUCAGUACAGGUUCUGCUGGAUUUUUAAGGACGCUCAUUUGGAUAUCAUUCCCCCAGGACCCUGUUUGCUGUUUUUGGAUUUUCGGUACUUUCUGAUAGUAAUCAAAUUAUGUAUUUCGUUUGUCAGCUUUUGGAUGGUUUUU